AUGGAGAACGAACGCGGCGAGCUCGUUGACCUCUACGUCCCACGCAAGUGCAGUGCUACCAACCGCAUCAUCAAGGCCAAGGACCACGCUUCCGUCCAAAUCUCCGUUGGCAAGGUCGACGAGAACGGCCGCUACACCGGCGAGAACCAGGUCUACGCCCUGUGCGGCUUUGUGCGCGCCAUGGGUGAGAGCGACGACUGCAUCAACCGCUUGGCGCAGAGGGAUGGGUUCGUGAAGAAUGUGUGGUCUGCCUCGAGGUAG